AUGUAUCUUCUCUCCCGUUAUGGAUUUGAGCCAGGGGGAAAUCACUCCGCUAUUCGAAAAUCUAUGCCCAUGGCGGAGUGCCGCUCGCUCAAGACCACCGUUGUGGCUCCAUCAGACCCUCGCAUAUUCAGUGGCUCCUUCAGAUUCGUUAAAUCUAGAGCCCAAACCAGAAAACACGAGCCCCAGAGAUAUGCCCGUUGGAUACAUCAUAGUUUUGCAAGUGCUAUGUCCCGGAUGCAAGGGGAAAGGAGUAUCCUGGAUUCCUUUCCUGAAACUAUUGAUCUAAACCAAGGGUCUUUCUCUAAUAAUGAUUCUGUGGAUCAUUCAGCUGCUUGGGAUGACAUGCUAAAUCCAGUUGAGAGUCGACUACCAAAUUACAUGCUUUCCUCUAGUGAGGGAAAUAUUGGUUGUAUAAAUACUGUUAACAGUCAUGCCCGGAGUGUCAGUGGCUGGGAUGUAGGUGAAUCCAGUUCAUCAGCAAAUAAUCUGCAAAACGAAGUCCACGGCGAUGUUUCUAGAAUGAGACACAGUUGGUCGUCCUCUUUCAAUGCUUGUUCUGGUACAGAUGCAAGAACAGAAGAUUGGUCUUUUGAGCCGUCUAAUGUCGAUAGUGCUGGUUAUGGUGGCAACCAGGCAACUGGCAGAUACCCGAGUAUGCAAAAUUAUGGUUCAAAUCCUGGUUCACUGAAUGUAAAUAUGAAUCAUGGGUACGCUAGCGAGAAUGAUGAUCAGAGAGGCAUAAGAUCAGGUCAAUUACAAACUUUUUACAAGUCUGGUCAAUCAGAGACAAGGCAGAUUCCUAAUUUUUACACUUCUUCCAAUAGUAGAGGAACUUCUUCCGGUAUUUCUGGUACUUUAUUGGAAAAUGACGACACACCAGGUCCAUCUUUGGAUACUUGGGGCUUAUCCUGCAAGAGAAAGGCUCUUGAAGGUACUUCUCGACAAUUUUACCCUGGUGGAAGUUCCAGCUCCAGUCAACCAAUUGAGAACAUAAUGCAGCACUCUGUUCCUUCUCGCUAUGUUGCACCUGGAGGUUUAAGUAUAUCAUCGGAAACUAGCAGCUUAACUAGAGCUAGUCAUUCUGAACAACUAAAUCCGAGGAGCGGGGUUGUCUUGGAUAGAGUAGCAUCUGGAAUUCGUCCCUUAAGUGUUCCAGGAAUUAGAGAAAGCCCUGCUAGAAACUUUGGUGUGAGAUCAAAUCUUGGACACCAGUCUGUAUCAUUUGAUAUGCCCAUAGGCUCUGAUGCAAGACAUUCUAGUGUUUAUGCAGCACAGCCCUCGAGACCUAUCUCAAAUAUUGAUUCUUCAGAGUUGAGAUCACCAUUUUCUUUUCCAAUAAAUCUAAGCAAUCCGGUCAACCAAUCUCAUACAAUGCAUAUCUCUCAGGCGAGAAGUACACUUCCAUUUGCUUGGAAUGGAUCUCCUGAUGCACGAAGUGGCAGCUCAACUGGCUCUUUAAUGCUCACUGGAGAAAGAAGUCCUGCAGUGAAUGAAGACGUUAAUUUUAGAAACCCUUACAGAAAUAAUGCUGAUUAUCCCUUGUUUAUUUCUUCUCCAGAGACAAGAAAUAUGCUGCAGGACCAAAUUGAUUGGAGUUUUGUUCCUGGAACUUCCGGAUCUUCGAGAAAUAAUUCUUCUGCUUCUCGGGUUGGCUCCAGUUCUAGCGUGCCAGCUAUUCCCCCAGCGUGGACACCUCAUCAGAAUCCAGCAAUGCAAAGCCAGCAAACGUCAUCAGAAUAUUCCCUCCGGGCUCCCUUCCCAUUUGUUGAGUCUGAUUCUGGAAUUCAAAGAAGUCAUUUCUCGGCCAUGCCUUCCGCCUCUUCUUCCUUGGAUGAGGUAGCAACUAGUAACCAGGCCCGCAAUCAAUCAGAUCAAAGGUCAGCAUUCUUGAUGGCAGUUCCGGGUGGUGACAUCAGUGGUCGGCGUGCUUUAGCUGCUGAUACUGAUGGGAGACAGAGACUGAUACGCCAUUUCUUGCAUGCAAUGCGGAGGGGCACCCACUUACGAGCAGAGGAUUAUAUGCUAUUUGACCCUUUGAUAAAUGGAUUUGCUGAGAUGCAUGACAGGCAUAGAGAUAUGAGGCUUGAUGUUGACAAUAUGUCUUACGAGGAACUAUUGUCUUUGGAAGAACGAAUAGGGAAUGUAAGCACGGGAUUGAGUGAGGAAAAGAUUUUGGGUUCUAUGGAACAGCAGAAGUAUGAACCAUUUGGAUCCUCGCCAAAUUUGGAGCCGUGCUGUAUAUGUCAGGAGGAUUAUAUUGCUGGAGAUGAUAUCGGGAUAUUGGAUUGCAAGCACGAGUUCCACACCAAGUGCAUUAAACAGUGGUUGAUGCUGAAGAAUCUGUGUCCCGCUCUAGAUCUGAAAAAUCUGAAGGAGCCACAGAAUAGGCGAGGGUCUGAUGGAGCCACAACGGUGGUCCUGUGUGAGUGGAGCUCCGCUACACACGGCGGUCCUACUGCACGCACAGCGCCGCUUCUACAGCGGCUUCAUCGCAGAGUGAACUGA